AAAUUAGUGGUUCUCUAUCUCUUCCCUCUUUUUCUUCUUCUUCUUCUUCUUCUUCUUCUUCAAUUCAAAGUUUCAAACCCAACCAAAUUUCCAAACCCUAAUCACUCAUGCUCUCUUCUCCUCUUCCCAAACCCUAGAAACCAUGCCUUCAUCCCUCUCCCAAGAACCCACUGUUUCCUCUCUCCAUCUCCAUCUCCAUCCUUCCUCUCCUUCUUCACCUCUCCUCCUCUCCUUCCCCUUCUCCUCCUUCCCUUCCUUCCCUUCCCUCCUCUUCAAAUCCCCCUCUAAGCUCCAAUCCUUCCUCAAUGACUUCAAUCGCCUCGCCCGCUUCCACUGCUACCGCUUCCCUCUUUCCUUCUCCUCCCUCUCCCUCUCUGACUCCCAUUCCGUCCUUGUUGACGAUCCCUUGCCUCUCCCUCCUUCCCCCUUCGAUUCUUCCAAGAAGGUUUUGAUCCUGAUGAGCGACACUGGUGGCGGCCACCGCGCCUCCGCUGAGGCUAUCAAGGCUGCUUUCAAUCAGGAGUUUGGUGAUGAGUAUCAGGUUUUUGUUACAGAUUUGUGGACGGAUCACACGCCAUGGCCGUUCAAUCAGCUUCCCAAAAGCUAUAAUUUUUUGGUGAAGCAUGGGACUUUGUGGAAGAUGACUUAUUAUGGUUCUGCUCCGCGGUUGGUGCAUCAGCCUCACUUUGCUGCCACUUCCACUUUCAUUGCUAGGGAGGUUGAGAAAGGACUCAUGAAGUAUCAGCCAGAUAUUAUUAUCAGUGUACAUCCGCUUAUGCAACAUGUGCCCCUUCGAAUUUUACGGGCCAAAGGUCUGCUGAACAAGAUUGUUUUUACGACAGUUGUCACAGAUCUUAGCACUUGCCAUCCAACAUGGUUUCACAAACUUGUAACAAGAUGCUAUUGCCCUUCUACUGAAGUAGCAAAAAGGGCACUAAAAGCUGGGUUGAAGCCUUCCCAAAUUAAGGUCUAUGGCCUUCCAGUACGGCCAUCUUUUGUUAAACAAGUUCGACCAAAGGAUGAGCUUAGAAGGGAGUUAGGUAUGGAUGAGUAUUUACCUGCUGUCCUACUGAUGGGUGGAGGAGAAGGCAUGGGCCCCAUUGAGGCUACUGCUCGGGCACUUGGGGAUGCAUUGUUUAAUGAGACCCUUGGGGAGCCUAUUGGUCAAAUGCUAGUCAUCUGUGGCCGUAACAAAAAGCUGGCUAACAAGUUGCAAUCGAUUGAUUGGAAAAUUCCUGUUAAGGUUUUGGGAUUCGUUACCAAGAUGGAAGAAUGCAUGGGUGCAUGUGACUGCAUUAUAACAAAGGCUGGACCAGGUACUAUUGCUGAAGCUAUGAUUAGGGGCCUUCCUAUCAUUCUCAAUGGCUACAUUGCUGGGCAGGAAGCAGGCAAUGUUCCUUAUGUUGUAGAGAAUGGAUGCGGCAAGUUCUCAAAAUCACCAAAAGAGAUUGCAAAGAUUGUCGCUGAUUGGUUUGGACCCAAGGCUGACGAACUCAACACCAUGUCACAACACGCCCUGAAGCUCGCACGGCCGGAUGCCGUGUUCAAAAUCGUCCACGAUCUUGAUGAGUUGGUAAGAGAAAGAAGCCUUCUUGUACCAGAGUAUUCAUGCGUAACUUAAAAGUGUUUUUCCUUUUUCUUUUUUUCAAUUCGGAGCAAAAUUUCAGUCUUUGCCAUUGCAUUGUUGUUUACUCUUGAGCCUUCUUAGUCCAAUUGAAUGAGUGCCAUUCUUUUGUCCUCAUGAUAAGUAACAAGGUUCCUUUUUUUA